AUUUGACACUACUAAAAAUAAAUAAAUAUUUGUAAAAGGCGAAAACUAAUUAUCUAAAUAUGAAUAGCAGUAUUAAAUCGAAAGUUGGGAAUGAUUCUCCAAAAACUCCAGGUGGAAUAAGUAAAUCUCUAUUAACACCAUGUAGGAGGGUGGGUUUAUCAAGAAAGUGGGGUAAAAGAGGACCAUCCCCAUUUAUAUCUCCACUUUCUAGUGGAAACCCUAGUAGUGCAGACGUUAAAGUGGAGAAAGAAACAAAAAAAAGAAAGAGAUGUAACAGUGAGGAAGAAUCAGAUUCUCUGCAUGAGAUUGAAAGAGAAUUAAACUCUACACUGAAAUCUUCUAGUUUCGCCAGUUCCAGCAAUACAAAUGACACACCUGUACGGAAUGUUACACUAUCAAAAAAGAAAUCUAAAACAUUAAUAAUGGAAGAAACUAAGGAAUCUGAGAACACAGAUAUUAACGAAGAUGAAAGCUCUGUAGCAGAACUAACUAAAAGUGAUAACUCUGAAACAUCAGCCAUUAAUUCAACAAUAAAAAAAUCUAGUCCUCUAUCUAAAUUGUCUAGAACUAAUUCAAAAAGUAAAUUAAUGCAUAAAAAAUUAGCAAACGAGAAUGUUGCAGAGAAAGAAUCUCUUGAAAAUAUUAAUGAUUUCAAUGUAAAAGACAGUGUAAGUGAAAAGACUGUUAAAGAAACAAGGCCCAAUAAUUUAACUAAAGAAUGUGUAGUUGUUAUCCAAAAUAAAGUGAUUAAAAGCUUAAAAUUAAAUAAGGCUGAACAGCAAAAUGUUAAAAUCAAUAACUCUAUAUCACAAACUCUUUUUGAUUCGGACUCUGAUGACACCCCACUAUGUGCAUUAAGUAAAAAAGAAAAUAUAAAAACAAAUGCAGUCUUUGAUAAUGAUUUAACUAAUAAUAAAGUUAUAAAAAUGCAAAACAAAAACACUUCAACAACAGGUCUCAAAACGGCUAAAACAAAAAAUAAAGUUGCAAAAAAAUUGAAACCUAUAGAAAUAAAUACAUCCCAAAACUCAUUUGAAGAUGAUGAUGAUUUUGAAUCUUUUAAUAAGAGAACAAUUUUGGUGAAGAAGUCAUAUGAUAAAGUGAUUAAGCCUUCAAGAGCUAAAUCAACUGGGUCCAUAACACAGAAGGACGUAGAUGAAUUAAAAGCUAAAAUAGAAAUGAAAAAGAAUUUAUUGGUUGCUAAAGCAAUGAGUGAGGAUACUGAAGAAUUACGUAUUUUAAUAAAGAAAUGGCAAAAGGGAUGUCAGGAAGCUCUCUUUGAACUGUUCGAUCUGAUGCGGAAGAAAUUUCCGGAUAAGAAGAACAUGGAUUAUUCAGAAAUAUUGCAAACACUCAAAAUACCACCAGAUUUAGUUGGCUAUGAUGUAGAAAAUGAUUGUUUUGUUACUCCAGAUGAUAGAACCAUAAUUUUGUCCAGUAUUAAUACAUAAGCCUAUGUUUAAGGAAUAAAUUAUUUUAUUUUUGUGUU